GUUACUUUGACGUUUUCACGCCCAGGAGGAAACAGACGAAACCACAGAUUCCCGUGGAUUCGACACCGAUUCUUAUAUAUACUUCUUUUUUAUUAAGAAGUUGUUUAGCCAAUAAUGCUGAAUGGUCGCACUAAUGAAAUUCACAAGAGAUAUAUGCAGGUUGCUGGGGAUCGUCAGCGAAGGCCCCAGCACCCAGCAGGAUCUGGAGCAGGACUGUGGAGCGUCCGUCCCUGACGCCUCCAGCCAUGCUCGUCUGGCACAGGACUACCUGAACGGAGAGGAGGGGCUCAGUGAGGAGGAGAAGGUCAAGCGGAGAGCAGAGCGUCGCAGAGCCAAGAGGAAGCGUCAACGAGAACGCAGGAAGAUGGAGCAGGUGCAGAGAAGCACUGAACAGGAUGAUGAAGAUGAGGAUGAUGUUGAGUCUGAGGAGAGCGAGUCUGAGAUUGAGGGAGGAGGUGGAGUAGUAGAGGAGGAGGACAAACAUGAACAUCAGGGCUCCAUGUGCUGCUCCAAGGAUGAACCGGGCCCCCCUCCCUGCACCUCGGGCCCCCCCAGGGCCCCUACUGGCCCCAGUGAGGAGGAGCCAGAAUGGGAUGUAAGCAGUGCCUUCGUUUCCAAUGCUGCCAGCCACAUCAAGCCUAAAGGCUGGACCAAACCAGGCCGCAAGUCCAAAGAGAACAAGGAAAAUGAGGCUAGAACCAGCGAGGAGAAUGGAUCUGACGCCACGAUCAAGAGAAGCGCCUCGUUGACAGAGAAAGGGAUCAAGAUGGUUCAGGAGGGCCAGUACUCACAGGCUGUCAGCAUGUUUACAGAAGCCAUCAGAUAUGAUCCAGCUGACUACAGGUUCUUCGGGAACCGCUCCUACUGCUAUGCAUGUUUGGAACAGUACCCUCAGGCCCUGGCUGACGCUGAGCGCUCCAUCGGGCUGGCUCCUGAUUGGCCCAAAGGAUACUUCCGUCAAGGGAGCGCCCUCAUGGGACUGAAGAGGUACAGUGAGGCAGAGCAGGCCAUGGAGAAGGUGUUGAAGCUGGACCAGGACUGUGAGGAAGCUGUCAACGACCUCUUCAACUGCAAAGUUCUGCAGCUCAUGGAUCUAGGUUUUGAGGAGAUGCAGGGUGUGUUAUUGCUUGAUAAGUUCUCUACAGUACAGGCUGUACUGUCCUCUCCAGGGGCUUCCAGGGCUUUGAGCCAGGAAUCCUCAUUGGUCCAGCCAGGAAGUCCGUGCCAGUCCCUCUGGGUAGGGAACGUGACUGCAGAGCUGACUGAGAAGCAGCUCUGGGACCUCUUUAAAACCCACGGGGAGAUAGACAGUAUCCGAGUGCUGCACAAGAGGUUCUGUGCCUUCGUCAACUUUCAGAACGCCAACAUGGCGUCGCGAGCUCUUGAGAAGCUCAACGGCUAUAGUAUUGAGAACACAAGGCUAGUGGUUCGCUACCCAGACCGCCGCACCCAGAGGGUCCUGCACACCCCCCUGAAGACCAGCCUCCCUGCCACGGAGCAGGCUGCUGCCGCUGCUGCCGCUGCUGCCGGACAAAGACGCAGAGGCCCUGUGAACGGAGAUGAGUGUUACUUCUGGAGAUCUACCGGCUGCCAUUUUGGGGACAAGUGUCGCUACAAACACUUUCCAGAGCAGCGAGGCAAAGACAGGAAGCCUUGGCAGCCCUGAGGCUAAUUUCCUGUCUUGGCAGGAAAUUAGGGCACACUACUUAGUGACCUGAGAGAGCCUUGUCUAACUGACUAGGAGUGCUCAUUGGACAGCAUUAAGACUGGCAGACUGGACCAGAACAGGCCCAACUAACCCAGGCUACAGCCGGAACACUAAUGGUCUGGAUGGAGCCAGCCUUUUUAACCAGAUAGUUCUGAUAGACCUACAGCCCUACCGGCCUUGCAGCCCUGUAGCUAAGAGUCUGAAGGACCGGUGUGGUUUUCUAGCCCCAGAUGGUCUCUUCACCCUAUAAAAACAUGGAUGUUUCGCUUCACCCUUCAAACUCACAAUUCCUCCGUCCCUCCAAUCCACCAUCGCUCCAUUCCUACACCCCUCCACCCCCCUGCUGUCCCUCUACCCCUCCAAGACACCACCUGUCCAGCCCUUCACUUCUCCACCUCACCAUCCAUCCAUCCCUUCUCUCCACCAACCUUUCACCCUACCAACGCUCCAGUCCUUCCACUUAUGCAUCCCUCGACUCCACCACCACUUCAUCCCCCCUCUCACCCCACUAUCCCUCCAUCCUUUCACUCCUCUAUCACAGACCCAGCCGCUCAGCACCACCUCCCCCCCCCAGGCUGCCCAGCUGCUGGCUCCGAGGCAGGGGUAGCCCCGGCAUCAUCACCCCUUGGACGAGGGAACUCUGGAGCACACCUCUGCCCAUUUGCUAUUUGGAAUUAAUGGCAAAUACCUUUAGCGGGCGAUUUGAUUCAUCUUUCCCAGAGCAAAUGAAACUAGGGAAAUCAAAAUGCACCUGGAAAAUUCAAGAAACAAAACUCUAGUUGCUCAAGAUGGAAAUAUAACCCUUGAUUUGUAUCAGUUCAUGUGACCCAAUGAUUGAACACACUCCUGAACACCCAGCUGGGAUAAUAGAGCAGUGUCUUCAACAGUUUGUCUGCUCCAGAAGAAACAAUAUGGAGACACACACAGCGCCAAUGUUUUUGAACUGUUUUGGUCAUGUGUGAGAAAGGAAUAUGCUGAUUUUUUAUAUUUCUAUAUGAGUACGGUUGUGUGGCACAAGAUCUACGUGUCAAUAUUCUACUCAACCAAAGAGAGCUUCUAACCCACAGAAGGACAGCUAGCUAGCUGACUGUAUCGUAAUCAGGGGACUGUCAUGGCUUACAGACCCAUCCUCCAGAUCUCUCAACCACAGCUGCUCAUUCAGCAUGUGUCUGAGGUCCCUGUGACUGGCUGGACUCAAAGACAAUCAUCAGCCAGGUAACCAAGCACACUAGCACACAGACAAACGCAGACAUCCUCUCCAGUCUUGGCUCACACUACAGCCCAGAUCUUUAACUGAGUGGACUGCUGGAGGUGUUCUGGUUCUGGUUUGAAACGCUCCCCUCGUGUCUUUGACCUCUGUUUCUUGUUUCGGUUCCUGCGAGACUUGUGACAGACUCAUCACACCAAAUGUUGGGUCAAAUGUUGUUUCCACGGUGACAUCUGUCGACCUUGUGAGGGCGUUGUCACUGUGUCACAGGGGAGGGUGGAGCAGUGGGCCAAGGUCACAAGUGUUAAUGGUACACAGACCGAGGCCCAUGGUGUCCUCUCACCUGGGCCCCUCUGCUGGCCCCUCCCAGGGCCCCUCUGCUGUCACCCUCUGGGCACAGACAGGGGCCUGGAGGGAGGUUUGCGUAGUUAGAGAACUUAAAAAAUAAAGUAUUCAUUAAUUUUUAACCAAUGCAUGUUACUUUGGAGUCAGAUUUGGUAAUUGCUUCCCUGUGUGGGCCAUACGUUUAAAUUUGAGUAAGUAACUGUAUUCUCCGACCCACCCCUUCCCCCAAGUUACUAUUUUGAGGAAAAUGUGUUUUUAAUUACGACGUAUACUCAGUGUUUGACUUGAACAUUGUAAUUCCCGUUCAUGCUAAAUUUACCAAAUAUUUUAGGUCUACAAAUAUUCUGCAAUGCACUGCCAAAGAGUCUGUAUUUAAUAAAUUUAUUUAAAUUAUUAUAAA